AUGCCGCGCGUCACGAACCGACGAAUCACGACUUCGACAUCAGCGAUAGAACUACCGGAUGACAUCUUCAGAUGGUCUCUCCUUCUGGUAGACUUGGCCAUUGUCGUACUUAUGUGGUUCAAUAUUAUAUAUCUUGUAGUCAAAGCUCGGAAACAACCAGAGAUUUACAGCCCGCUGAAAAACACAAAUUUAGACCACCUCCUCUCGACCAUCUUAUAUACUGGAAUAUGUACCAUUUGUUAUAUCGGUGCGUAUAAGUACACCGCGAGAAAGGUUCCUCGGUUGGAGACGUCUUAUGACAAGGAAAAAUGGCUGGAGUCCAUUGAAACCACUUUCAAAGAGAUGUCACGAGACAAGAAUAUCUAUGCAGAAGGGUGGAAACCAAGUCGAUAUCUCCAGCAGGAUAUGAAAGAAUUCGCUUCGUCCGUUACCGAGCCUAGGAAUAUCUGGGGCCCAUUUUCGAAAGCCGAUGAAGUGGUGAAUCGGAUUGUCUCCGUCUCUUAUGUCGUAAUGAGUUCGAUGGAAAUAUACAGAAUCCGUUGUCAGUACGAUCUAGAGCCAAGCUUACCUCUUGCGAAUGAUUUAAGAUUGGGUAUCGUGUGUCAAGGCAUGCACUUGGCUCUGAUUUUCUGGUGUGGAUAUACUGCCGGAUGGAGGUCAGAGAUGAGGAGCCUCGCGCGAAGGUUGCGGGUCAAAAUCGAUGAUACCGAUCUGUCAUUGGAAUGGUGGAAAACAAAUCUCUACAAGCACAUUCGGAGAGAGCAAAGAUGGAUCAUAACUCUUGGAGUUUCUGAAUAG